AACAGGAAAAUGGUCUGAGGUCCCCUAUGUUCAGGCCUUUUGGGCGUUGCGCUCUCGCCCCACCCUGUGCACCACGUGUGCUCCUAGCCAAAUCCUACUCACCAUGGCCCCCCCCGACUCCACCCUCCCGGGCCAAGCCAACUUCUCCCGUCUCUGAGUCCUCUGCUUUCUCUGUUCCCCCAGAAGAUCUGGUGGCCCCCGCUCCCUAUACCUCUCCCACGGGCCCCACCCCUUCCUCUCCGGUUCCUGCCCCCUCCUCCCCCACUUCGGCUCCUCUGAGUCCAGCAGCUCCCUCCCCAACUUCGGCUCCUCUGAGUCCAGUAGCUCCCUCCCCCACUUCAGCUCCUCUGAGUCCAGCAGCUCCCUCCCCCACCUCUGCCCCUGUAGCUGCCCCGACAACACCUCCCCACACUUCCUCAGUUGAUACACAACCGACUGAAACUAUACACUCCCCUCCUACUCCCAUUCUCUAUCCUCCAUUACCGACCUUGACACCCUCCCCAUCACCAGUUAGCUCACACACACGGUCCCACGGACAGUCAUCCCGAAAUUCUUUUCCCUGUGCCCCGGCUCCCCUACUCCCUCUGAGACAGGUAGCCGGAGCCAAGGGCUUGGCACAGGUCCACGUCCCUUUCUCCCUUCCCGACCUGUCUCAAAUCGAGGCCAAGCUUGGGUCAUUCUCAUCCAACCCUACCCAUUACAUCAAACAGUUCACCCAACUGACCUGCUCAUACGCCUUAACCUGGAAAGAUAUCUAUGUAGUCUUACGUUCCACUACUACCCUAGAAGAGCGACAAGCCAUCUGGACGGCUGCUAGAGCCCAGGCUGACCAGAGACACUUUGCUAAUCCCUCCCCCAAACGCCCCCCAGGGGCCGAGGCAGUCCCAGACACAGACCCUGACUGGGACUAUCAAGAGACUGGGGGAGGCGAACUCAGGGUCAGAUAUAUGGUAGAGUGCCUCCUAGAUGGCAUGGAAGCCACUUCUAAUAAAGUGGUCAACUUCCUCAAGCUGGAUGAGAUCCCCCAGGGCCCUGACGAAAACCCCGCUAUGUUCUGGAAUAGGCUGACAGAGGCCUUAUCCAGUAUACCAGAUUGGCCCCAGACUCCCCAUCCGGAGCAGUCACCCUGGCCAGUCCUCAUACACCUAAAAGACCCCACCUGUUUUCUGGCUCAGCCCCAGUUUCCCCUGUCCCAGUCCAACCUUCGAGGACUUAAGCCAAUCAUUGACCGCCUCCUGGGACAGGGCCUACUGGUCCCCACCCAUGUAACACCCCCAUCCUUCCGGUCCGUAAGGCCUCAGGGACCUACUGACUAG